AUGGCAACAACACACUUUUUUAGAAUGAUGGCGGUUGCCGCCACGCUUUUCCUUUCCCUGCGCGGCACAAGUGUGGUCGGCGUCGCGGCAACUACCUCUUCCUCGGUGGCGGUGCAGACAACGCCGCCGUUCCCUCUUGUAGACGUCGUCUUCCUUGCUACCACCUCCGCUGGCACGGACAAAACGCUAUACGUCUCCACCACUAGCGACUGCAAGGCGUCUCUGACGCCCAUCUGCACCUUGGGACGCUCGCAGGCAGGGCUGAACUACAACGACACGACGUGCCUGUUUAACAUCACCGGCGCGUCUGUCUCCGUCGACGCGACGACGACAACGGCGAUCCCGGCACUGUACUGGUGCAGCAGCGCCUCUGGUAACACGUCCUUCACGACCCUGCAGAUGAACAAGGUGGUGACAACGCCCUCGUACGCGUACCUGAACACGGAGACGACGCUGCACCUGAACGCGGCGACGCCGGUGGGCACGACGGUGGGGCUUUACACCACCAGUGCCUGCACUAUUCCGCUGAAGGACACGUCCACCACGACGGUUGAGAGUUCGCGUGAACUCAGCGUAAACGUCGGCACUCGCGGCAUCACGUACCUCUGCGCGUCUGUCCCGUCCGUAUUGGGUGACACGUCGGUGUUGACCGCGCGCACCAUCAUCUACGGCACCAACUCAUACGACAUCUACACCACGCAAGGCAUUCGCCACCGCGCCGUCACCAUCACUGCCGAUGCAACUUUCUUGUACCUUUCCCUGUCCACCGAUCCCCAGUGUAUCACGCUGGCGCAGGACUACCAGCAGACCUCGUCCGGCAACGCCGUCUUGACAAUCGACGUGCCGCGCGGGACGUACUACUUCUGCGCCAUCAUGAGUGCGGGUGUCAGCAGCAUUGGCGUCUUCGUGCCCGCUGUCAGCACCUUCGAAGUCCACGAGUACGGCGUUCAACCGCAGACCAUGUACGCCAACCGCACCACCACCAUGUCCUUUGCGAUGGACGCGGUGGCCGCGGCGGCCACGCUGCAGGCCGCCCUCUUCUCCACCUCCGCGUGCAGCACCGCGUCGGGCACGCAGCUGACACCGUGGUCCGCGACGAUGGAGUGGACGGUGCACACGGCUGGGACGUUCUACGCCUGCGUGCGCACCGGCUCGUCAACGACGGAGCUCGGCUACGUGAACCGGGUGGUGGUAUCGGCCACCCCAACCGUGACGCUGUCGCGCACCCCCGGCAUUAUGGGCCUCGGCGAGGUGGCGACGGUGGCGCGCCGCAGCGACGACCCCGCCGACUCGGCCAUCCUUACCGUCGGCAUCUCCCGCGCCUCCGACUGCGACGCCCUUCUCCAAUCAGGCAACACCACCGCGACGGGCACGACGGCGUCGUUUUACAUUCCCGAAAACUCGCCGAGCACGGUCUUCCUUUGUGUCUCUAAUCGACUCACAACCGACAAGAGCAACGGCGAGAGUAGCGAGGCGACCACGGCGGUGUACUACAACCUUGGCUCGCUCAUCCUCAGCACCUACAGCCUCAGCUAUCCCGCCCUGCGCACCGAUACGUCCUUGGCCAUUGGGCUGGACAACAGUGUGGAGUUCAGAAAAAACACAUACAUGUACCUCGCGCCGGCCCUGAUCAGCGGCACGGACAGCUCCGCCGACGACGACAAAGACGCAACGUGCAAGGCGGCCAUCGAGGCGUCGAACGAAACCAUGUCGUUCUUGCUGUCCACCUCAGACUUCAAGCUGACCCCGGUGCAGUUUCCAAGCGCCGGGAGCUGGCUGCUCUGUGUGCAGGAGGAAAAAGUGCUCAGCAACGCCCCCGUCCUUCUGCGCACGUUGACUGUCUACGGCAACGCGACGGUGACCCCGAGUGGCGUGCUGCCAGGCAUCCCGGCCAGCCUCAGCGUCACGGCAAUUCCGGCGUCCACGUCCGUGUCCCUCACGGACGGCUCCGCGUGCUCCCCCGACAUGAACACGAUCGCGUCGGCCACGUCCAGCUUAACCGGCGCGGCAACGCUCUCCUUCACGUACGGCACCAAAGGAGCACUGCUGUUGUGCGUUGGCUACCGCGGCGAGUCGAACUCGCGAGACACUGCACCAGUGCUGAUGACGGCGGGCGAGGUGAAGAGCACCGCGGUGCGCGUGAUGCCGCCCGUCGCCGUCGCCGCAACAAGGACCAGCCUCACGUUCUCCGCGCCUGGUGCGCCGACGCUGAAUAGGCUCACGGCAUUGCUGGUGCCAGGAGGCACGGCAGCCAGCUGCCCCGCCUCCGCGACAUCCGACACGCUGCAACUCCCCAUCACCGGCCACGCAGUGGUUGGCACGACGCCUGCAAAUGAGGUGGCCACCGCCACCUUUUCCCCCGACAGCAGCGCCGUCGGCACCACCUACCUCGUCUGCGUCGGCACAUCGGGCAACUUUUUGUCGGCUGGCGUGGUGAGUGUUGUCGCGGUGCCGAGCCUCGCACCAAAUCCCGCACCCAUGGCCUACGGCCUUCCCGCACGAGUGACCUUUCCUGCCGCCUACGUGGCCGCACUGGCCGGAGAUGUGUUUGUCAUGCUCAGCGAAAGCGCCAGCUGCACACAGGACCUCACCCCCACCACGCGGUACGCGUCCGGGGCCAUGAAUGUGACAUCAGGGACGACGGACGCUUUCUUCGUUCCCUCGCUAAGCAGCAACAUCUCCACCGUACGCUUCUGUGUCGCGCAGGAAAGCCGCCUGGUGAACAGCACGCUGGGCUACGCAGACGCCGGUACGGCCACGCUGGCACAGUUCACCGCUGUCACGCAGUACGCACAGCGCCAACGCACGAACACACUCGUUGUGUCUCCUGAAAUCAGCGGCGCGUCACUUUACCUGGUCCGCUGCGAAGGGGCGGGCUGCGCUGCGGCGACGGCGGAUGCGACGUGCGCGUCCACCUCGGCGACCCAGUACACCACAUCCAGCACCGAAAAGCUCACUGCGCCUGUGGGCACCUAUGUGCUGUGUCAGAGUGUCUCCUCCAGUGCGGCGGUGGUCGGCUCGAGCACGACAGUUCAGGUAAUCGAUCCGUACGUGAUGACAACGACAGCGGACACGUCAGCGCUGCGCGCGUACGUGCCCUUCACCGUGACCAUGUCCGGUGGCCCUGCCGCAACGAGCGGCACUUAUACCGUAACCGUCCAGCCCGCCUCCGUGGCCUGCAGUGAGACAGCGGCGGAUUCGCAGCGCUUCGCCAUCACCGGUGGGCGAGGCCGCAUCGCCAUUACCGGCGUGACGCCAGCAGCAAAAGUACAUUUCUGCGUUCGACCAUCUAGCGUAGACGGCUUCGAAGUGAUGACGGCGUAUCUCGCGCACUAUAUGGCGCCCGCCGCGGUGAUUGCGGGAGUUGCGACGACGCUGACGUCUGCCGCGCCGGCGGACGGUGCGCAUGCGAAGCUCGCGGCGACGGCUGACUGCUCGGGUUCGGUCGUGAGUGGAGGCGUGCAGCCUCUCCAGGAGGGCAAGGUGACCUUCACCGUGGAUGGGUGUAAUCCGCAGACCGGCCACCUUGCGUCGCUGUACUACUGUGAGACGAACAGCGCCGGCACGUACGAGUCCCGCGGUGCGGUGGGCAUCCUGCGCGAUAGGAACUGCAGUGGCGGCGAGUCUGCGAGCAUCGGGAUGGUGUACGCGGCUCCCGGCACUGCGAUCGGAAGCUACGGCCUUGCGUCGAGCUUCCUGACAAACCCGCGACUGUCGCUGUCUGCAGACUGCACGAACCUUGUGGACGGCCGUGUGGGGACGACUGGGUAUGCGCCUGGCGUUGACGAGGCCGCGGCGUUCUACGUGUGUGCGCAGGUGCUGGGGGCCCCCACGCUGAUCUUCACGACGGCGAUCCCGACGCUGACGGUGCGGAACUGGGCGGUGUCGCCGAGCGCUGCGCUGAGCCGCUUUAACGCCACGAUGGGCGUUCUGCCGUCUGUGAAGGUGACGGUGAACUGGGCAACGCCGUCGACCAACACGUUCUUCAGCACGACGCGCGACUGCAGUGAAUCGCUCGCGACUGCCUCGAGUCUGAGCACGCCGGGCGGUGUCGCGACAUACCGCACCGUUGGUGUGAGCGGCCUCGUGUACGUGUGCACGACGGACCUGCUGACGGAGAGGACGAUUGCCGUUGCGCGCUUCCUGUCCGUGACGCCGCCGUCUGUCCCGCAAGCAGCCCCAGCGAUCGUGCGAGGAGGCACAUACACCGCCACCCUUGUCGUGCCCGGCAGCCCGCCGCCGUACUCGAUGCAGCCGGGCGCGGACGCCUCGUAUCCGUACCACAGCUACUACACGUCCUCUGAUCGAACGGUGUUUCUGUCGGCAGACAAGUGCGUGAGUGUGAUCAGUGGGGUGACCACCACAACGGCGGAUUCCACGGGAAGAGUGUCGUUUGUCGCCAGCGGGAUUGCGCCGGGCGUGGGCAGCGUCGCGUUGUGCGCCGGCACCGCCGCGGGGACCGCCGUCACCAUCUCCAGCAUCGUCGUCGCACCCGGCAAGGUCUACCCCACUCAGUUCGUCAGCGGAGUGUGGAAGGCCGCCAUUUACGUUCCCACGUACCCCCGCACGGUAUUCGAGCUGAGUCGGUCGAGCGGGGACUGCACGGCCACGUCGGGCAUGCCGACCUUCACGACGGACGGCGAGGGCUACAGCACCGUGAACCUUGUCACGCCCAAAAAUAACGCCGCACUGGCGGUGGGCACCUACACGCUGUGCGCCAGCGUGAGUCCGCCGGGGCUCACCGCCAUCGACACCAUCGAGGUAAUCGACGCCGCCUUCUUCGGCAUUCGCGGAACGACGUUUGUGCUGGGCGUCCCCAGCGCGGUGGAGCUGCUGCAGGAUCUUGUCAGCAACUACCUGUACACCGGCUUCAGCGAGUCGCGGGAGUGCACGUCGAUGACCAGCGCGUACGGCUCGUGGUCAAGUGUCACCGACACGUCGAUCCAAGUCAUCGCGAGGAGGGCGCGCAGCGCUGGCCUUUACUUCUGUGCCCAAUCGCAGCAAAACAACUCCCUCAUCGCACUGCCCGCGUCCACGGUGAGCUCGUCCGGCCUACGCUUCACAACAUCGUCCAUUGUGCUGCCGCGAGGCGAGUGGGACGCGUGCAGCGAGUACACCCUGGACCAGUGUAUCCCUCCGGGGAGCAGCGCUGCGUCGUCUGCGGAUGUGCUCGCGAUGGUGUACGGCGACUGCUGCUCGAGCGCGCGUCAUGUGGUGGGCCAGUCGAGCAUGCGUGGUGGGACGUGCCGGCUGACGAUGGACUACGACGCCGUGAAGUCGCACGGUACUGGUGCGUUGUUCAACCUGUGCGUGCUGAACAGCGGCGACGACUCGGUGUGCACGACGGUGGCGAGCUCUGUGGCGGUGGGCACGUCGUGCACGCCUGCGUCGAAGCACAAGGGGCUGAGUGGCGGCGCGUUGGCGGGCGCCAUCGUGGGCAGCGUGGUGGGUGGGCUGGUGCUUCUCACUGUCUUGGGUAUCCUCAUAUGGUUCUGUUGCUGCCGCAAGUCCGGAAAGAAGGAUGUCGGUAGUCGCGAGUUGGUAGCCUUCCAGCAGUUUGCCGAAGACGACAACCACCUCGUGGGCUACCUCAUCGGAGGGCGCCACCCGCUCCUGUACUACCCCUCUGGCAGCCACAUCGGCCGAUCGGUCAGCCCGUCACCACCCUACCCGUCCACCAGCUCCGGCGGCUACUCGGCCGUGGAGGAGAUGGAGGAGGAGGGACGCGACCAGAUCGCCCUGCAGGAGGCGCGCGCCCGCUACAAUUUCCGGCUGCACUUCUCCGAGACUCUCCAGCAGUUGGCGGCGGACGCGAAGAACGCAGCGGUGGACGGGGGCCUGGACACCACGUGGGCCAGCGGAGACUCGUACCUGCACGGCGUCGCCCAACCUGUUCGUCGAUGCGUCGAGAGCAUCAUAACGGAAAGCGGAGAGGCGGAUUAUCUGACGCGGAUCGGCCCGCCCGCUGCCUCCGCUGCGCCACACCACGACGACGAUGCCGGCAGCGCCGCCGCCGCGUACGAGGUGCCCGAGGAGCGAGACUUGAACCUGACGGCGGACGGUAACGCGUCGUUCGAUGUGGAUCCGAUCACAGGGCGCGUUCGCAAAGUGCGCAGCCAUUCCAUCGAGAGCGCACCACGACCGCCGCCGUCCGCUACGGAGAGCUACCUCACAAACGACGACUGCGAAGAACGUGAGGAGGGGGCGAGUGCAGAGGACAUCGACAUCGACGCUGCCCACGACGCGUCUGCGCUGAAGAGUACGGCGCCGCUGGACGCUGAUGGGGGCUGCGGCGAGGCCGAUGUGGUGCGCCGUCGGAUGGUGGUGCGCCGCUUCGUCAACCCGUCCUCGGUCAAGUCGCGCCGUCGCCGCAGCCAGCACCGCGACGACAGCCGGGGGCGGCCGCAUCUCGAUCCCACCCACCUCGCCGCGGAGACGCAGCAUGUCUCACAAGAGGAGCUGCUAACACCGGUGCAAGAGACCGUCUCCGUCUUCGCCGCUGCGACGCCGGAGGCGGGGAUCACCACCCCUGACGUGCGCCCGGCCGUUGCUGCAAGGCUGGACGAAUCCGCAAACGAGUCUGCGGUGCUCGCACGCUCCCCUAUCACCUCCCUCGACGCGCACGACCUGUCGGAGGGUGCGUUGACCAUCCGUGGUAUCGGCGGUGGGCCGGCGACCGCGGCCGCGGCCCACGAGCGCCACGACUCUGACGACGCUGAGGACGGCGAUGACUUGCUGAGCUUCACGACGACGCAGCGCUUCCACGAUGAAACGCGCUUCCUGCUGGAGCAGGAGGACGGCCGUCGGCAGCGACUCUGCAACUGGGAGGAGGAGGAGCGGGCCCAGCUCGGGCAGGCGGAGCUGAGUGCGUACAUGGCGCUACCCACCCUCCCCGCCGGGAUUGACGAGGCCGACGGGGCAGCUGGGUUUGCUGAGGCGAUGUCCUCCGUCGUGGCGGUAGCGGAUGCGCCGACGAGCGGCGUCGCCUCCAACAGCAUGGCCCCCGUGGAAAAGACUGUCGGAGAGGAGGAGCAGGUGCGCCACGCGCCCUGUGCACCGACGGCGUUGCCUUCGCUGCCGCCCGCGCCGCGUCCACAGGCGUUACAGAACCCACGCUUUCACGUUGUGGCGACUGCGCCGGAGUAG